AUGCCAGUCCACCCAGCUGAAGAGACCACUUCCGGCAGCAUCACCGACCAGGUCGCAAAGGACUCCAAGGACUCCAACGCCUCCACAGCCCCGCUCCACCAGGUCGACAACGAGGCCACAAGCGGCGGCUCCGUCGCGGCCAACGCGCACAAGGCCAACCCGGGCCCUGUGCACGCAGACAACCUGCCCGAGCCGGCGAGCAAGGAGGAGCUCAAGAAGAGGGCCGAGGAGCUGAACAAAUAA